GUUAUUAUUGUAUAUUCUGUACUCAUUUACAGAGUUUCUGACUUUCUGUAGUCAUUCACUCGCGAUUGGCUUGCGACCAGUCCAAAGUCAGGUAAAAAUGGAUCACUUACCAAUGGAGCUGGAGAACCUUGAAACCACAACAAAGCCUGCAUCCAAAGACCAGCAGAGGGAGCAGUGGUCCACCAAAGUGGACUACUUCUUGGCUGUGGCUGGAAGCAUCGUUGGCUUGGGGAAUGUCUGGAGAUUUCCAUAUCUUUGCUACAAAAAUGGAGGAGGUGUCUUCCUCCUACCAUACUUCCUGUUCCUGUUCACCUGGGGUAUUCCCCUUUUCAUUCUGGAGACAUCACUGGGCCAGUACACCAGCCAGGGCGGAAUAACAUGCUGGAGAAAAAUCUGCCCCCUUUUUCAAGGUUUAGGAUAUGGCAGCCAGGUAGUUGUUCUCUAUACAGUGAUUCAUUACAUCGUUAUCAUGGCCUGGAGCUUCCUCUUCUUGUUCUCGUCCUUCCAAUCGGAGCUUCCGUGGGCUUACUGUCAUAACAGCUGGAACACAGAUGCGUGUCUGGGGCACAAUGAAACUCUCCAAGAGAACAUGAAUGCCACAUCUUCAGUGGAAGAGUAUUGGGAGAGGAGAAUUUUGGGACGAUCAAGUGGAAUUGAAGUCAUGGGAAACCUUCGCUGGGAUUUAGCACUUUGUCUUUUUCUUUCCUGGAUUGUGUGCUUCUUCUGUAUCUGGAAGGGUGUAAAGACCACAGGCAAGGUGGUGUACUUCACUGUCAUCUUCCCAUACGUCAUGCUGCUGGCACUGCUUGUCCGUGGUCUGACAUUACCAGGAGCCAAGGAUGGAAUCAGCUUCUACCUCUACCCAGACCCAACACGCCUCAGCGAUCCAGGGGUUUGGAUGGAUGCCGCCGGCCAGGUCCUCUACUCUUAUGUAAUUGGCGUUGGGGUUCUGACAUCUUUAAGUAGCUACAACAAGUACAACAACAAUUGCUACAGGGACAGCAUGUUGCUGUGCCUACUAAACAGUUUGACCAGCUUUGUGGCCGGCUUUGCCAUCUUUUCUGUGCUCGGCUUCAUGGCCAAGGAGCAAGGUAUGGACAUAUCCAUGGCGGCUGAAUCAGGUCCCGGACUGGCGUUCAUUGCUUACCCUCGUGCCGUGGCUCUGAUGCCCCUCCCUCACCUUUGGGCCAUUUCAUUCUUUGUCAUGAUCAUCCUUGUGGGACUGGACAGCGAGUUUGCAUAUUUAGAGACGCUGAUCACCAGCAUCAGCGACAUGUUCCCGUCCUUCUUUGUCAAUAAACGUCGGCGUCAGCUCCUUCUUCUUGCCAUCAGCGCUGGAAACUUCUUCAUAGGCCUUACCAUGGUUACACAGGGAGGCUUCUAUGUUUUCCUCUUGUUCGACUAUUACGGCUGCAGUGGGAUCGUCCUCGUUUUUGUCAUUCUUGAAAGCAUCUGCAUCGGAUGGGUCUACGGUGCUGACCGUCUGUAUGAUAACAUAGAGGACAUGAUUGGCUACCGACCGUGGCCUGUUGUCAAAUACUGUUGGCAGUACUUUUCACCAGCUGUUUGCACCGGCACGCUAGUGUAUAACUUGGUCAAAUACAAACCGCUGAAAUUCAACAACACGUAUGAAUACCCGUGGUGGGGCUACAUGAUUGGAGGAGGCUUGGCCCUGUCGUCAGUGGUCAUGGUGCCGCUGUGGAUGAUCUAUGCUGUCAGUGUCACUCCUGGAACCUUAAGACAGAGACUCAGAAUUCUCUGCACGCCAGCGAGUGACUUACCUUGUGAAGCAUUGAAACGGAAGGCUGCAGAUCAAGAAGCAUUUCAGGCCUCCGUGGGGUUGCACUCUCACCAAAUGACAGAAAAUACACUCGUCCCAAACAGAAGCGAUGCCAGAUGGAACGUUAUCUAAAAUGCAUCAAAGAUAGAAGAUAAUGUUAUUGGGCUGCAAAGUGCAUGUUGCACAGCUGGACAUGCAUACUGUAUGUUAUGUUAUAAUAAUAAUAAUAAUAAUAAUAAUACAAUUUAUUUGUAUAGCGCUUUUCAAAAUACUCAAAGACACUUUACAG